CUUUUUUGUUUUGCGCUUUUCGCAAGUUUUGUUUUGUUAAGUGAAAACAACGAAUAAAGCAUUAAAACAUUCUUUGUGAUAAAUUGUAAUAAAAUAUGUUAAAAGAUGUGAAAUAUAUCAUAUAAUUUAAAACAUGUUUCAAAACUGAACAAAUAAUUCAAAUAUAUUGUAAAGUUCCAAGAGUUUUUGUAUGGAAUAGAUAAAGAAAAAUAAAUUUCAUCAAUGAAUAAACAACAAGAAAACAGCGUACAAAAAUAAACACAAAACAUCUUAAAAUAAUUUUUACUUUCUUAAAAUUCAUAAAUUUUUAUAUGAUUGCUUAACAAUUACUAUUUAUUAAAAAAAUAAUAAUAUAAAGAUACAAUAUACUAAAUACAUAUACAGCAAUUGAAGGUACAUACACCACCACUAUGAAUCUAGAUAGUUGAUGAAAUGCAGGGGCAAAAUAUAGACACACCAAAGAAGUCGAUUUUGAAAAUGCUUAUAAUUGCUUUGUACGAUCUCAGGAAUUUUAUAUUAAAUUUGACAGCAUUUUCAAUGUGAUAUGCUGAGAAAAUUAAUUAUUAAAAACACAGUUUAAGUAAACGCAAAUAAUCUUUAAUGUUGAAUAAAACCACAAAACUUUUAAAUUUUGACAAAAAAAUGUCACAACCUGAUAUUAUAUGCGAAACACAAGGAGCGGCUAUAGCGGUAACAAAUGAGGCGAACGAUCAUUUAACGGAUCAUCUCCAUAACAAUAACUUUUCUAAUUUGGUAACGACAACUUACACUCAAUAUGGUAUACUAGUCAGAAAUGAUCAAUUUGAUGAUGUAGCAUCGGCGCCGUUAUCAAUAAUACAACCUGAUAUACAUGAUAUUGCUGAAGCACUUGAGCGUCACAAACAUUUAACAAAGGAGUAUGAUGAUAUUCAGGAACAUUUAACAAGGGUGGAUAAUGACGGUAUUGAUGAAGACGGUAACGAAUUGCACCACAAUGAGGAAAUGAGUCUCAAAACAGCUAAUUGUCAAAGCUUAGUUAUGCAUUCUAUAGAUGAUGUUUUAAUACAAGAAGAUAUGGGUAUGCAUCCAGAUUCUCAAUUACCCAGCCAUGUUUAUUUGAACGCAUCGGCAUUUCACCCGGAUAUAUUUAUAUCGUCACAAACAUCUGUACCAUUGAACUCAGCAGCUACUAUGAUAAAUUCAUCCAGUAACAAAAAACGAAAAAAAGAUCAAAGUAUUUCUUCGUUUGCUGUAAAUAAUUUGUCGUCUAAUCAAAGUGUAAAUGUAUUAAAUAACGAGAUAAAAGGCAAUUCCAAUUUAAUGCCUAGUACUAGUGAUACAUUAGCUUCAGUUAUGAACUCAUCAAAAAUACCGUCAACCAUUCAACGCAACCAAAAAUUUCAGCCGGCAAUAUCGAUACCAAAUUUUUUUCAGUCAUCUACUACUUCAGUAAAUAAAUGCGUCCCCAGUCAUGCUGGCCGAAGAGGCGAUGUAAUAAUAGAGGAGACUAUGAAACCUAGGCGCUGGGAGCAGAAGCAAGUACAAAUUAAAACUAUGGAAGGGGAAUUCAGUGUUACUAUGUGGGCAUCUGGCAUAUCCGAUGAUGAAGAAGAUCAAGAGGAAGCUGUAAAUAUUAAUAGCGAAAUUUCAGAUUGUCACAAUGACAUAAAUCAGGAUUAUUUAAAAUAUUCCAAUCGUUGUAGAAAUGCCAAUGUAUUUACAACAGCUGUUACGUCACCAGCCACAUUACCCGCCACUUUACUUGAUUCUGCUUGUAAUUUACAACCCGAAGUAUUACACCAGCAUAUUUUGAUGCAGCAACACCAACAUCAAAUUAUGAUUGAAGAUGCUGCAUCCACUGUUAAUAACACAUUGACAGUUUCUCACAAUUUACCUGCUGCUGUUAAUUUAAAUAUCACUGACAGCAAAAAACCACAAAAUAUUUGCUCACGUACCAAUCCCUAUUCAGAUAAAUCAAAGAGAAUGGGAGCUAUACCCAGUAACAAUGCACAUCAAAUUAAUUCCUCCAAUGCUCUUAAACAACCCACGAUAACCACCAAUACAUUGAUAACAGCAGCAUCUACGUCAUCUGCAUCGGACAUUGUUAAUCCUUCAACGCUGUUAACGAAUAUUAAUGAAACUAGUAAUUCAACCUUGACAAGCAUAACUUCCGAUGAGGAUGUUUCCUCUAAUACUGUUCAAAUACAUACCUUAAACAGAAAUAACCCUACGGCGAAUACUUUACUAAUGACUGGAACACAAAAUGGUCGCCUUUUAUCUAUGGGUGUAGUUUUGCAAAACAUAAAUAAUGAUCAAUCCAAAAAUGUAACGCCACCUCCAUUAAGCUACAACUCAAACGAUACCUCACCAAGCAACACUGCCGCAACGAAUGAAUCUAAUAAUUCCCCUAACGUUGUUAACCAUGUAGUUCCAAAUGCUCCAGACAAAAAAAUCGCCUGCCCUCAUAAGGGUUGCAAUAAGUUAUUUCGUGAUAAUUCCGCUAUGCGAAAACACUUACACACGCAUGGACCUCGUGUUCAUGUAUGUUCAGAAUGUGGAAAAGCAUUUGUAGAAAGUUCAAAGUUAAAGCGACAUCAAUUAGUGCACACAGGAGAAAAACCAUUUCAAUGUACAUUUGAGGGAUGUGGUAAACGGUUUUCAUUGGAUUUUAAUUUAAGAACUCAUGUUCGGAUACAUACCGGUGAUAGACCCUACGUUUGUCCUUUUGAUGGUUGUAAUAAGAAAUUUGCCCAAUCUACAAAUUUAAAGUCUCACAUUUUAACACAUGCGAAAUCUAAACCACUUACAGGCCAAUUCCUAUCACGCAUUCGGAGGAACCAACGGUAAAGAGUUUUUUCAUUA